UCAACCAUGGGCAGGGCUCCUUGUUGCGAGAAGGCUCACACCAACAAAGGAACAUGGACAAAGGAAGAGGACCAACGCCUCAUCUCCUACGUGAGAACCCACGGCGAAGGCUGCUGGAGAUCUCUCCCUAAAGCUGCAGGCCUUCUGCGCUGCGGCAAGAGCUGCCGCCUGCGGUGGAUAAACUACCUCCGCCCUGACCUCAAGCGCGGAAGCUUCACCGAUGAAGAGGACGAGCUCAUCAUCAAGCUCCAUGGCUCGCUCGGAAACAAGUGGUCGGCGAUAGCCGCGCGGCUACCGGGGAGGUCCGACAACGAGAUCAAGAACCACUGGAACACCAACAUCAAGCGCAAGCUUGUCGGCCGGGGGCUCGACCCUCGCACUCACCGCCCCGUCCACGGUGGCUCGCAUGACUCGCAGAGCAGCGGAGUAAGUGCCGACGACGACAGCCGGCUCUCCAACCUCGACCUCGACCUGACGAUAAGCCUUCCUUCUUCGAGAUCAUCAGAAACCAUUUGCUUCUGCUACCACCUCGGCAUUCGCAGCAGCGAGGCAUGCAGCUGCCGCACGAGCUCAAGCAUGCGCUUUCUUAGCUUCCAGCACACAAGCUCAAUCUCGACCUCACCAUAAGCCCUUCCUUCUUCGAGAUCAUCAGUAGCUUUCUUAGUUUCCACAGACUCUGGGAAGAAGAAGAAGCGGAAGAUUCAAAUCCUCUUCAUUUCUCAGCUUCACCUGUGCAUGUUGAAUUCAGCAGAAAGAGACGGCGGUGAGAGAGUCGAGGAUGAGUAGCCUUAGUCUUAGUCCUAAUCAUACUUUUAUCAUGUUGCAAUCCUCAAUGCAGAGCUUGUCAGGGUUUUCAAAGACGUAGACUUGCACUCCAUACAUGGAUGUUAGCAUGGAUGAGAGUUGGUGGAGCAGAGCAUGGAUGUUAAAGAGUUUGAAUG